UGCAGUUUGCAGUCAGCCGCUUGGAGCUCCUCCUCUCUGGCCAGAUAGAAUAGUACAAUCACAUUUGGUUCAAUGAGAGCGGGAGGACACGAGAGAGGAUUGCGCACUCCAUUUAAACCAACUGCUCCACCAUCGCUAUUUCUCGCCUCUUCCAAGAGGUUAUUAUGAAGAAAGUUUUGGCCUCUCCAGACCCUGGAAAGCAUCUGGGAUCUUCCAAUUGUUUUUAAAGCGCAAAAGGGACCAACAUGUACUGCAUCCGGUAAAAAAAGAAACUAAACCCUCCCCAAAAAAACACAUAAACAAAGGCCUCCACCUCUAUCUAUCGAGCAUUGAAGCAAUGGUGCAUUCGGAGACGGAUUCUAACAGUCCCUGCUCGGACAUGGUAGAGCACGGCUCCCCUUGGACAUGGGAGGCGAAGAGGCACCGCUACGGGCGGAUCCGGAGGAAACUGAGGCCCGGGCGCAUCAUGGGCCUGGUGCUCAGCCUGGCCGCAGUCAGCGCCAUCUCCUCCCUCUCCCUCAGUGCCUUCGCCUGGUUGCCCAGGCACGGGGCGGAACCAACCCUCCUGGAACCCGUUCCCCGGAGGACCCUCCUCGCCGCCGCGCAGGAUUGGAACGUCUCGGCCGACUCCCCAGUGGCCAUGGCGUCAUCGCAGGGCGCCAACGGCAGCCACGAAUCCCAGGGGGAUUACCCCACGGACCUGUUCACCCUGGAGGAACGGAGAAGGGGGGCCGUGGUGCUGCACAUGUUCGGGAUGCUCUACAUGUUCAUCGCCCUGGCCAUCGUGUGCGACGAGUUCUUCGUCCCCGCCCUGACCGUCAUCACCGAGAAGCUCACCAUCUCGGACGACGUGGCAGGGGCGACCUUCAUGGCGGCCGGAGGAUCCGCCCCGGAGCUCUUCACCUCGGUCAUCGGGGUCUUCAUCUCCCACAGCAACGUGGGCAUCGGCACCAUCGUGGGCUCGGCCGUCUUCAACAUCCUCUUCGUCAUCGGCAUGUGCGCCAUCUUCUCCCGGGAGAUCCUCAACCUCACCUGGUGGCCGCUCUUCCGGGACGUGUCCUUCUACAUCAUCGGCUUGAUCAUGCUCAUCAUCUUCUUCCUGGAUAACAAGAUCACGUACUGGGAGAGCUUGGCCCUACUUGGGGCCUACACCAGCUAUGUGAUAUUCAUGAAGUUCAAUUCCAAUGUAGAAGGUUUGGUAAAGAGAAUUUUUAACCGGAACCAAGUCGUGGAGGUGGAGGUUCAGCCUCCGAAGACGAGCCCAGAGCCCGUGGAGGAUGAAAACAAGCUGUCGGCCAAGCCCCGCCUCCAGAGGGGCGGAAGCUCCGCCUCCUUGCACAACAGCCUGAUGAGGAACAGCAUCUUCCAGCUGAUGAUCCACACGCUGGACCCACUGAGCGAAGAGUUUGCCGAUUCUGAACUUGGGACAUAUGGAAAGCUAAAAUAUUAUCACACAAUGACCGAAGAAGGGAAAUUCCGGGAAAAGGCUUCCAUCCUGCACAAGAUUGCCAAAAAGAAAUGCCAGGUGGAGGACAGCGAGAAGGUCAACGGACUUCCCAGCCGUUCCGAUAAGAAUCUCCCCAACAGCUCAAACGUGGAGGUGGAGGUCACCCCGCCCAUGAACGGCAGCGUGGGACAGGAAGGGGAUGCGGGUGAUGACGAGGAGGAAGAGGAUCAGCCGCUGAGCUUGGCCUGGCCAGAGUCCAACCGCAAACGCUGCACAUACCUCUUGAUCCUGCCCAUUGUUCUGCCUCUGUGGCUCACCCUGCCCGAUGUCCGCAAACCCACCUCUCAGAGGUUCUUCCCCGUUACCUUCUUUGGCGCCAUCUGCUGGAUUGCAGGUUUCUCCUAUCUGAUGGUCUGGUGGGCACAUCAGGUUGGGGAGACUAUAGGGAUUACUGAGGAGGUCAUGGGAUUGACCAUGUUAGCAGCUGGGACCUCCAUCCCUGACCUGAUCACCAGUGUCAUUGUGGCCAGGAAGGGGCUUGGGGACAUGGCAGUGUCCAGUUCGGUUGGCUCCAACAUCUUUGACAUCACAGUUGGCUUGCCGUUCCCAUGGCUACUGUACUCGUUCAUCAACAACAUGAAGCCGGUGACGGUGAGCAGCAACGGGCUCUUCUGCGCCAUUGUCCUCCUCUUCAUCAUGCUCCUCUUCGUCAUCAUCUCCAUCGCGGCCUGCAAGUGGAGGAUGAGCAAGCUCCUGGGCUUCAUCAUGUUCCUGCUCUACUUCGUCUUCCUGGUGGUCAGUGUGCUGCUGGAGGACAAGGUCCUGGUGUGUCCCGUGUCUAUCUGAGGCACCCCCACCCCCCCCGCCUCCCCUCCCCGCUCUAACCUCUGACCUCUGGGGAAGGGGGCCUGGGAGGAACAUUCCGGUUUUGUUUCGUUUGUUUUUUUUUUUUGG